AUGGGAAGUAAAUCUUCAGCUCUUCCGGGCGAUUUUGAAUGGGGAUUCGCGACAGCGGCAUAUCAAAUAGAAGGCGCUGUCGCUGAAGAUGGUCGAGGGAAGUCCAUCUGGGACACCUUUUGCCAUCUCGAACCAACACGCACCAAGGGAGCAAAUGGCGAUGUUGCCUGCGACCAUUAUCACCGGUAUGAAGAAGACUUUGACCUUCUCACCAAAUACGGUGCAAAGGCGUACAGAUUCUCUAUAUCUUGGUCGCGAAUCAUCCCGCUGGGUGGCAGAAAUGACCCUUUGAAUGAGGAAGGAAUCGCAUUCUACAACAGACUCAUUGACUCUCUCCUCAAAAGAGGCAUUACGCCCUGGGUUACACUUUAUCACUGGGAUUUGCCUCAAGCCCUUCAUGACAGGUAUGGAGGCUGGCUUGAUGUUGAGGAGUCGCAGUUGGAUUUUGAGCGGUACGCUCGAGUGUGUUACGAGCGCUUUGGUGACAGAGUUCGCAAUUGGAUCACAUUGAAUGAGCCGUGGAUUCAAUCGAUUUUUGGUUAUUCUACUGGUGGUAAUGCCCCUGGAAGGAGUAGCACCAACGACCAGUCCGAAGCUGGUGAUAGUUCCACAGAGCCUUGGAUUGUUGGCAAAGCUCAGAUUAUGAGCCACAUCCGCGCCGUCAUUGCUUACAACAAGGACUUCAAACCUACCCAAGGAGGACAAAUUGGCAUCUCACUCAACGGCGACUACUACGAGCCUUGGGAUAGGACAGACCGUCAGGACCAUGAAGCCGCAGAGCGACGAAUGGAAUUUCACAUUGGCUGGUUCGCCAAUCCUAUCUUCCUCAAGAAAGAUUACCCCAGCUGCAUGCGCGAGCAACUCGGCAACCGUCUUCCACUGUUCACGGAGUCCGAGUUUGCCCUUUUACAAGAAGCAGAGACAGACUUUUACGGCAUGAACUACUACACGUCCCAGUUCGCUCGUCACCGGAGUGAAAAGGCGUCGGACACGGACUUCAUGGGCAAUCUGGACGAGCUGCAGCAAAAUAAGGAGGGCACUCCUGUCGGCGAAGAGAGUGGCCUUCAUUGGCUGCGUUCUUGCCCAGACUUGUUCCGCAAACAUCUUACUCGGGUGUACAAAUUAUAUGGCAAGCCGAUCUACAUUACCGAGAACGGAUGCCCCUGCCCCGGAGAGGAUAAGAUGACUUGCGAUGAGGCUGUGGUUGACCCUUACCGCAUUAAGUAUUUCAGCUCUCAUCUUGAUUCUAUUUGCAAGUCUAUUGGGGAGGAUGGUGCCGUUAUCAAGGGAUACUUUGCUUGGGCACUUCUAGACAACCUCGAAUGGUCUGAUGGGUACGGACCUCGUUUCGGUGUGACAUUCACGGAUUAUAACACAUUGGAGCGCACUCCUAAGCAGUCGGCGUUACUGCUGAAGAAGAUGUUCUGCGACAGACAGGGUAUUUCAGUGACCGGCUAG